GUGUGUGGUCACGUGCUUGUACACGAGGUAAUCAAACAUCGGCAGGGUGUGGGGGAGGAAGGGGAGCCGCGGCCCCGCCCUGCAGGGUUCUCCCGCCUCUUUGGGACCACGGCAGAGCGCCACUGGAACUCAGGCCCGGCCGGGUCUCGUGGGGGGGGAAAGGCCAACAGCGGAACAGCUCCGGCUCCGCCCCGUCCGCACGUUCCCCGCCGAGCCUGGGACCCCAAUUCAGGACCAUGGGCUUCAGCUUGCUCUUCCUGCUCUGCCAAGCGCUGUGCGUGGCUGUCCUCGAUUCCCAGCAUCUCCCGCCCCCCCGGCUCUUCAUCGAGCCCGAGUUCCCAAUCAAGGUCCUGGGGCUGGUGACGUUCGACUGCUUGGGCGCCUACGGCUCCCAAAGGUACUUUCUGGUGCGGUACUACUCGGACCAAAACAAGGAGAUCAUUCGGCAGGAGAAAUCCAUCUGGGAAGGCCGGGUGGGCAGGUUCAUCAUGGAGAACGUCACUUCGCGCCAGGCCGGCCUCUACAGCUGCAUAUACGAGUUCAAUAGGUUCCACUCGGCCCAGAGUAACAAGGUGGCGCUGAUCAUGAGAGAUAUCCCAGAGAGCCCCUUCCUUUGGGUCACUCCCACCGUCUCACCCACCUUUCGCCAGAGCUUGACCUUCCACUGUAACUCGACCCUCUUGUUUGACAAGUACUAUUUAUACCACGGUUCCAUGGAAGAGAAGAAUCCUUUCAUUGAGCCCCUGAAUAGCUCAGUACGCCAAAGUCUGUUCUACUAUCGAGAGGUGCACGGACACCUGCUGGGCCAGUAUCUGUGCAUCGCGUACAGCUCCCAGAGCCCCUACCACUGGUCAGAUAUCAGUAACAUUGUGACGAUCACUGCUGGAGCACCUCCUUUCCUCUUCACUCCCUGGCCUCAUCUCAUCCACGUGGCUCUGACAGCGGCCGCCCUGGGAGAACUGCUGGCCUAGGCCAGGCCGGAAGGGAUGCCGUGUAGGCAGUGGCAUCCAAAGGCUUGGAGGUGGUCCCACCUUUGGAUCUCCCCCCACUCAUCCCUGAAAAGCAAAAUAAAAAGCUAAUUGUCCAUA